CCACCGGAGGCUGGUUUUCGGCCGGAGGGUCGGAAGAGUUCCAAGGGCCUGCAAAACGGACGCCGACGUGCUGGAACGCGCGUCCGAAUUCUCGUGUCCGAGCUGUUCGGAAAAGGCUAAUAGGAGAAAAGAAGAGAAAUUAAUUCUUUUGGGGUGGAUCCAAGACAGCUGCUCCAAAAAGAGACUCCCAAAGAUGUCAACUCAAGGCCAUACCUGGGCCCGACAGGUGAAGAAGGAAGAUGAGGAAGAGGACCCGCUGGACCAGCUGAUCUCCCGUUCUGGCUGUGCGGCUUCCCAUUAUGCAGUACAAGAGUGCAUGGCCCAGCACCAGGACUGGCGACAGUGUCAGCCACAGGUACAGGCCUUCAGGGACUGCAUGAGUGAACAGCAGGCAAGGCGCAGGGAGGAGCUGCAGAGGAGGAAAGAGCAAGGCAGUGCCCACCACUGAGACCCCAAACCACCUAUCCCCAGAGAAUGGCCCUGUAGAAACUAGCACCCAGAGAGGUCUUAGGAAGAAGUCCUGAACAGCAGAAGUGUGGGCCAAGAGGUAUAAAACUCGGGGAUUAUCUUUGGCUAAGACUGACGUUGAGAGCCGGGCAUCUGUGGGUUUGGACAUAACUGCUGUAAAGAGCUGUGAUCUUGCUUUCUCGUGUGGCGGCGAGAGCAGAGAGUGCGCCAUGAAGGCUUCCGGA